CACGCACGUCCCUCAUGCAGCAUGGCUGGAAGACGUAAGAGGUCAUACUUCGAUGCCGAACAAUAGCAAGGCCACGAGCAUCAUCGAGAAGAAUUUAGUCUUGGUCAGAAAUUCCUUCGGACACUGGAUUUAUUUUUCCAGCUGACUAGAGGAGCUUUCAUGAGAAGUCAUCAAUGCCUUGCAUUCUUCAGGAAAAUAAUUAACGAGAUGAAUACGCUCUGGCUCCCGGUGGCUCUGGUAGUAGCCCUUCUGUCCACUGCUCCAGGAGCUUCCUCAGAAUCCCCAAGGGCAGAUCCCUCCUACAAGGUGCUGGUGUUGGGUCCCAUCGGAAGUAGGAGCCUCUACUACCUGACGAAGUCCCUCUCGGAAGCCCUUGGCGACGCUGGGCAUUCCGUCACGCUCGUGUCUACUUUCGAACCUUCGUCCACCCAUCCGAAUGUCACAGAAACCCCGACGGGAGCGCCCAUCGAGUACCUGGAGGGCUUCAACAUCUUCGAGUACCGGGGAAUGUUCAGCAUCUUCAACUGGAUCGUGAAUGUCACCACCAACGUCGGAAGAACGAUGUGGCGGAACGCAGACAUCUUGAAGCUCUGGGAAAGAAGAAGAGAGUUCGACGCCAUCGUCAUCAUCAGCUACGUCAACGAGAUAGCCCUCCCUUUCCUGCUGGACUUCGAGGGCGUCUACGUCGACUUGUGCACGCCCGGCGUGGAGAUAUUCACCAUCGCCAGGCAGGGGAACUGGCUCCCCCUGUCCGUCACGCCCUCAAUCCUGCUGUCCUUCGACGAGCACAUGACCUUCUGGGAGAGGCUGGUGAAUCCCUGGGUGGCGUGGGCCACCUACGAGCUCUACAUGCGCACAACCCUGCCGAUCAUCAGGAGCGUUGUGGAAGAGUUCUUCCCUCAGAUGCCAUCUAUACCCGAGCUCUAUGACAGCAGUCACUUGACUCUAAUUAAUGGGCAUUUUGCCCUGGAUGGGCCUGUCCCUCUGCUGCCCACUCAGGUGGAAAUUGGAACUAUAAAUGCUAGGCCACCAAAGCCGUUGCCUAAGGACCUGGAAGAAUUUGCAAACUCCUCAGGCGAACAGGGUAUCCUGUACUUCAGUCUAGGCAGCAUUGCUAAAGCCAAGGACAUACCCCUUCAGAAUAAGCUGAUGUUCUUGGAGGCGUUUCGUCGUGUCCCCCAAAAGGUCAUUUGGAAAUACGAAGGGGACGACUUGGACCUCCCUCCCAACGUCAUCACCAGGAGCUGGUUGCCACAGCAGGACAUUCUUGGUCACCCGAAAACCAAGCUCUUCAUAUCUCACUGUGGGAACCUAGGGACUCAGGAAGCCAAGUAUCACGGCGUUCCAGUCCUUGCCGUUCCAGUGAGCUUCGACCAGCACAGAAAUGCGGCUCGCAUGGCCAGCAAGGGCUUUGGGCUGGUGGUCAACUGGGAGGACAUGACCACUGAAAGUAUAUUGGAGGCUAUCCAGACUCUCCUGCACAAUCCAUUCUAUGCAGCCAAGCUGAAGCAGGUCUCGGAAGCCUUGAAGGACCAAAAGGAGAGCCCGAAAGAGAGAGCCGCUUGGUGGGUGGAAUACGCCAUCCGUCACAACCUGCGUAAUGCUUCUCACUUCGAGUACGCAGGCAGGAAACUGCACUUCCUGCAGUACGUGGGAGCAGACGUAAUAGUAUUCUGGGCAGUGGCUCUCCACCUCUGGAUAGCACUCUGCUACUACCUCUGCGCGGGAAGGUGCAGGUGCUGCCCUCAGAGAAGGAAAAGUAAGAAGAAGAAGAUGAGUUAGGAGCAGUUUAGAGGAAAACAGUAGCAGCCAGAUGUCCUACUAAAAUAAAGAAGAGGAGGAAAACAGUAGUUGGAUGUCUGUGAUAAACAGUUGUAGCUUUUUUUGUGUUGUUUCUCACUCUAGUAGCUCAGGUUUCAAGGCAUGAAGGAUAAACUUGGGUGUCUUAUUGUGACCCACUGAGAUUCCCAAGUUUCCAAACGUUGGAUUUUGAAAGGUCAGGCUGUCGGCCUCACGUCCAUGAUAUGAAGAUUUGCAUAGAGAAUAUAAAACAAGAAAAUACUUAAUAUAUUUGAGAGAGAGAGAGAGAGAGAGAGAGAGAGAGAGAGAGAGAGAGAGAGAGAGAGAGAGAGAGAGUAAGGGGGGGGGGGGGGGGCGGAGUGCAAUGUUACUUUAGAAUUUUGUACUUAAUACUCAUUCUGUAUACUUAACAUACCUCAUGUAUUUUUUCCAAAUGAAUUAAAAUAUGUAUAAAUCUCCUUUCAUAAUUCAAACUACAUUUCUAGUACCAUUCAAUAUAGGUGCACAUAUGAACAUACAAACACACACAUAUGCACACAGUCACAAAUAUGUUUUUUUUAUUAUAAAGAUUUAAAUAAGAGAAGUAUAGCAAAAAUCAUGUGCAAUUAAUCCAACAAUUAGAAUAGGCAUAAAUGAAAAGAUCUGUUGAUAACCAUGACGAUAAGACUAAAUAUAUCAUAUUACUGUAAAACAUGUAAUACUAUAAUGUCCUUAAUCUGGGUGAAUUAAAUAAAUUUGACACUGUA